AUGACAUUCAACGUGCUUGUAUUAAAGGAAAACCAUGUCAACCUAAGCUUUCGGAAUAUCCAUUUUCAGGAACGGGUAAUAAUCGUCGCCGAUUUCAAGCCUCUUGGUCGUCCAGAAUCAGAUGCAUUUACAGGGAAAUGUUUUAACAAUUGGAAAAAGGCAAGCGAUGAGAUGAAUAGUUCUUUAAUGAGACAUGUGGGGACAGAUCUAAAUUCACCACAUAAUAUUGCCAUGAAAUGUUGUGAGGAUCUAAUGAAUCAGUCAGGGCAUAUUGACAAGAUAGUUGAAAAGCAAACAUUACAAAAAACAAAGAAUAAUCGGUUGCGGCUCAAAACCUCUAUAGAUAGUGUUAAAUGGCUUGCAUUCCAAACAUGUCUCUUUAGAGGUCACGAUGAAAGCUCUAGCUCGAAAAAUCAAGGUAACUUCAUUAAAUUGGUAAAGCUCCUAGCAAACUAUAAUGACGAUGUUGCUAGAUUUGUCUUGGAAAAUGUUCCGAAAAAUGCCAAAUAUACAUCGCCUAAAAUUCAAAAGGAAAUCCUACAUAUCAUUGCAAAUAAAGUGUGGGAUGUGAUUAAAAAAGAAAUUAGAGAUGCCAAAUUUUGCAUUCUCGUUGAUGAAGCUCGGGAUGAAUCAAAAAGGGAGCAAAUGGCUACUAUUUUGAGGUUUGUUGAUAAAGAUGGUUUUAUUAGGGAGCGAUUCUUUCAUAUUGUGCAUGUUAAAGAUACUUCUGCAUCAACUUUGAAAAAAGAGAUAUGUGUUGUUCUUUCUCGUUACAACCUCCAAAUCGUAAAUAUUCGAGGCCAAGGAUAUGAUGGAGUUAGUAAUAUGCGUGGUGAAUUAAAUUUGUUACAAGCUUUAUUUGUUAGGGAUUGUCCAUAUGCAUAUUAUGCGCAUUGCAUGACUCAUAAACUACAAUUAGCUUUAGUUGCAGCAUCUAGAGAAGUCAAGCACAUUUAUCAAUUCUUUAGACAGUUGGCUUCAAUUGUUAAUAUUGUUGGGGGUUCUUCUAAACGUCAUGAUGACUUGCAAUCUAUCCACGUUGUUGAAAUUGAAAAUUUGGUUGCUUCUAAUGCAAUUGAGACUGGAAAGAGGGUAAACCAAAUUGGCAAUUUGCAACGACCUGGAGAUACUUGA